AUGGAGGCCCUGGAGGCUUCGUCUGCGUCUGCAGACCCGCUGCCCCCAGCAUCUGGUCUCAGCACUGCGCCCCCAGCUGCAACCACUGUCAAGGAUCCGACGUCGACCAAAACAACCCAUCAGUCAAGGUCUCGUUCAGGGUCAGGCCUUGUCGCAGCCCCUACAGCAAUCGUCACUGGACUCAGGAAAAGGGAAAACACCAGCCCCAGCUUCUCAACGCCCACCAAGUGGCCUUCUGUGAGGUCCACUACCACCGUCGCGCGCAUGCCUACGACCAGUACAACUGUCGCGAAACCACUGGUUCCUCUCUCUGAACGACGAAUUCACCAAACCAAGCACACGGCCCGAAGUCUCAAGGACUCAGAUUCCAGCGCUGAUAACCAGGCCCGAUGGGAAAUUGCUCCCGAUGGGGGAUCGGCAGGCCGAGAGGGACGUCAAUUCACUGUCGCCAACGUGGGGAACAAUGGUCGCAUAUAUCUGAGGCCGACUGUUCGCCCUGCGUACCAGCGAUGUCCUCAGCCUCAAUUUGUCUUUCCCAUCACGCCACCCAGCACAGCAGGCUUGGAUGCAAUUUAUCAAACUAAGCAGGUUCAAGACGAGACCAGCGAGCUUCACGUCAGUCAGUGGACACCGACCGAACCGUCGCCUUAUGACACCCACAACCGAACCUAUUUCGAGCACGAGUCUUAUCCGCUCCGUCCUAUAAGGCACAGACGCGCCCUUUCCGACAGCACGGUCCACGAAGUAACCGUAACGAAGGAGUCGGAGCCGGGUGCCUUCAAAAUAGUUAUAUCUAAACCGUUGGAGGAACAUCGGCCCCGGACUAUGGAAGAUUUGGAUUCCAACGACCCUCUUCUCGACAUUUCGAUUCCUUCCUGGCGUAUUGGUGUCCCACGUUUUACUGGAAGAGGCACACCGAUGAUUCGAGGAUCUUCGUACGCUCCCACUGAGGAGUUCCGCUCCAGCAGCGCUUCGCUGCUGAGCCGACCUCAGGGCGUGCUCAACAGCUCUCAUCCUGAUAUCGCAUCUCCGAGACGACCAAAUUCCAUGAUUGUACCGAUGCUACGACUUUCACGAACAAUGUCCGCCUUGACUCAGACUCCUUCAAGUGCACAGUUCUCCAAACCUGUCCGCCCUAGUUGGCGAUCUAACUCAAAAGUUGAACCCGCCAUGUUCGACGACCUCACAUUUAAACCAGCAUGCGAUGAUCGAACAUUAGUGAAAUAUUCUGCAGCGACCGGAGCUGUCGUAGCUGCUACGCCCCCACGCCUCGUCGCUGAAAUCACUUCACCAAGUUUCCUCGACUACGAACUUAUUUCGGACUUCUUCCUGACCUUCCGGGCUUUCCUCGAACCCGUGGAUCUUUGCCGUAUGCUCAUCGCAAGAUUACGGUGGGCUCUGGCUCGUGACGAUGAAACAGGAAUGGUGGUUCGCGUUCGCACGUUCGUUGCCCUUCGACACUGGAUCCUCAACUACUUCAUGGAUGAUUUCGUUGUGGAUUACAACCUCCGACUUGUUUUCUGCGAGCUCCUCAACGACUUUGUGGAUGAACUCUCACAAUCUAAACGAGCUCAAAAAGUCCAGCUUAAGAUUCUUGGAGAGCUCAAAAAAUGUUGGCGAAGGGUUUGUGCACUUUAUUGGGAUAGCCCUGAUUUCGACGACACACUCGAUUCCAGCAUGCCUGUUACGCCUGGUGGCAUUGCAGGUCAUCGAGAUGCCAGUCUGGACCCGUCAUUCUGGGAACAAGAUGGAGUCGAAACGCCCCGAAUCGAAAGUCUAUUACCGCUCCGGAAGAGCCUAGCCGACCGAACUAGUUUUAUCGCAGAUAUUUCUCGAGCCGGUCGUGGCAGAGAUUCCGUCGUAGUAGAGCCUCGGCCGUGCACACCGGAUGGGCAGCUUACAAGAGACCCCAUGGAGGGACAACAAACCUCACCAGUUAGUAUGAUCAGCAUGGCUAGUAUGGAUAUUGUCUCUUGUUCAUUUCCUACCAAGGCCAAAUCUACCGCCCAACCAACGGCCCGAAAUCACCAGACAAACCCCCUGGCUGCUCAUCCUGUUGCAGCCACUUCAAAUCCACAUUCAGGACCUGUAGCGACAACCCCUCGCGCACUCGUUGGCAAGCGAGUCCGACCCCAGGGCGCUCACAAACGCAACAACAGCUUGACUGAUUCCCUACGGGAGCAUAGCACUGACAAGUUGUCAUUCAAGGAUCAAGAGUUCAUGAUGACUGCCCCUUAUGCAGGCAGCCUUGUUCGUGGAAACCUGCUACCUCCAGGCCAGGCAUAUGUCGAUAUCGACCCAGAAGAGUUUUCCAACGGCUUGUUGCCAAUCACCAGCAUGAGUCAUGACAGCCAGAGCCUCAUCAAGCAGAGAACGCCCGGAAGUGCUAUGUCUGGCCAUGGUAUGAAGAAGCUUCUGGGCAGUGUGCGAAGAGCCCUCAGUACUAGGGGACAAGGAACGUCAUCUACACAAGGAAGUCUUGUUAGUCUCAACAAUAUUGGUCCACGAGGUGCCACGACGAAUCGAAUUCCCGGAACAGCUGUUGUACCCCAGAGCCGACAAAGGCCUAGCCUCCCUCGACCGCCUGUCAGAAUCGACUUGCUUGGUGCGGAAGUGGUCGAGGAUUUUAAGAAGGCGGUGCGAGACGAGGCCGCCGCUGAGGCUGACCGCCGUGGACUGCCCCCACCGAUGUCUCCUAACCCAUCUCUAACGCCUACCCGCGAUUUCCAAUGCUCGGCGGCUGUUUAUAUGGAUCCAACCGCCUUUGAGAACCUGCCUCAGCACCGACCUACUAGUGACAUGGCAAUUACUACAGGCAGCAAAUCUAUCGUGAUCGUGGAUGAUACGACCCCCUUCGAUCCAUCUCUGUUACAUCGAGUUCCCGCGAGCAAUGCUUCCGUUGAAGCAUUUGCCGACGCUUUCAAGCUGACAGGUGCUGACCCAACACCUCCAUCCACCCCUCCGGCUGGUCACAGUACAGGCACCCCCAGACGUUCUUCAUACCUGCUCAACCAGCAUCUUGUGCGUCCUUCAUUGGAUGAGGAUCCUCUGCCGCCAUUUGUUCCUGACUUUGCUACCCUUGCUCCUGUUACCAGCGCUCCCAUCUCCGAAGAUGGUAACCGUAUGUCGUCCUCGAAUGCAGCUCGAAGCUCACGCAACCACCCUCCAGUGUCGUUACAGAACCAUCGCCGUCUGAAGUCGGGCAGAACGCACCGGUCUCUAAACUCUCUAUUGCGCCGCCGUAGUUCAGCUACCAAUGCUUUUGUCCGUCGGUCUACUGUACAGAGCUUCGAUGCCACCACAAUCUCUGCCCCGUCCGUUGCAGAACAUGAACCCGAGGAGCCUAUGCCGAAGCCCCUGCGAAUUCUUCGACGACGCCCAGGGGGAGACCUUCGAGCCGCUACGAACGUUGGGGAGCUGGACCCUGUCAACACAUUGAGAAGGUCACAUUCCGUCGGAUCACUCACAACAUACUCCGAGUCAAUUCGCAGCUCUUUCAUUCAGAGCCCGCGCAUGAAUUCGUUUGGCCAUGGUUCUUUUGGCCGAGGCUCCUAUACCCGCGGUUCUUACGGUAAUGGCGAGGUUGUUUCCAUCGACUACACACAGCCUAAGAGCGAAGCCUUUUCUGUUGGACAACUUGCAGACAAACCGAGACGAGACCUUUCUCUAUUCAGCACUCAUUCAUCUAAACCAGCGAUGCGUCCCUCUUUUGAAAAAGAGGCACAGAAACUGGCACAAAUUCCAGACGAUGAUGAUGAUGGUGGCAUUGAAUCCGCACUGGCCAAGCUGGAAGGAAAAUUCCCCGAGAGAAGAGCGCACAACUCAGCUGUUGGGCCCCCUCCCAUGAACCGAGCAGUCAGUGACAGUGUCGCCUCUCAUGUAUUAGAUGCCGAGCACAGGAGAGAACACCACGAGCAGCAGGUUGUGGUUAGGGAGACGUUCAUGUUUGAUGCCGAGGAUAGCGAGCCUGAACCUAUGAUCGGGUCCCAGGACCAGCAUCUCACACCUCAACGGCCGGCCACUGAAGCAAUGUCGUUCUUGACUGGUUCUUCCCACAACUCCUACUCGUCUGUGCCAAUUCUCGAACGGGAUUCGGUCAAGGGUCGCCCAUGGACCAACAUAUCAAUCUUGGAAGGUCCAGACGAAGAAACGACACCUCGACCCCAGAAAACGCUUCCAUAUGUUGGUGGCGAGGGCGACCCUGAGUACGCUUCAUUCGAUUUUGUGGAGAAGACACAGAGUAUCGAGGGUAUCAAGCCGGGCGAUACCUCUCCAACAGUUGAAGAAGAUCAGUCGUUCCUCGACGAUGACAGCGACCUCUCAUCUGAGAUGUCUGCCGACGCUCUUGAAUACGAAGAGUCUGACUUUGGCGAAAGUGUAGUCCCUCGAGUUAAGCUUCCUGCUCAUCCUCUCGGAUCCCCAGCGCCCCCUCCCAAUCGCAAACCUCCCUCACCUCCUAUGACUCUAGUACAAGCUCUUGAGAUGUCCCCAACUUCCUGCGUUCAUGUUCCUUCAUUGCAUGAAGAACAGGUCUGGGGUCAGAAGCCACUCCCUCCAACCCCCGAGACAACACCGACUGCCCCUUAUGUUCAAGCACCAGAACGAGCAACUAUCGAUGGGUACCGCCAAGCUGCUAAGCCCGAGUCCAUCGAAAGCAAUAAAUACUCAGCUCAUCUGCCAUUCAUCCUGGCCUUUGACUCGGAGAUUCUUGCACAGCAGUUCACCCUCAUCGAAAAGGACGCCUUGAAUGAAAUUGACUGGAAGGAGCUUAUUGACAUGAACUGGAAAGACGCUGCUCACAGCGAUUCUCGCUCAUGGGUUGAUUUCCUCCGCAACUCUGAUGCUCAUGGCGUUGAGGUUGUCAUCGCUCGCUUCAACAUCAUGGUCAAAUGGGCUAUUUCCGAAAUUGUUUUGACUCAGGGUCUCGAAGAGAGAGUGAGAUGCAUCACCAAGUUCAUUCACAUCGCAACACACUGCCGCCGAUACCGCAACUUCGCCACUCUUGGACAACUCACCAUUGCUCUGUCCAGCAAUGAAGUUGCCCGCCUGGCCGAGACCUGGCGACAUGUUUCUCCUCAGGAUCUGAAGACACUGCAGGAUCUUGAACAGCUGGUUACACCCAUGCGCAACUUUUACAACCUCCGCGCUGAGAUGGAAACUGGCUCAGAUCAAGGCUGCAUCCCUUUCGUUGGUAUUUACACCCAUGACCUUCUUUACAACGCUCAGCGUCCAUCCGAGAUGGCUGGCUCGCCUACCACACCUCCUCUGAUCAACUUUGAACGGUGCCGUAUCGCCGCCUCUGUUGUUAAGACACUGCUCAGACUGUUGGAAGCCAGCACUCGAUACAAGUUCCAGCCUAUCGAGGGUAUUACAGAACGCUGUCUCUGGAUGAGCGCCUUGAGCGAUGAGGAUAUUCGACGCCACUCAGAGAUGCUCGAAUAA